CCCUCUCCCUGUGUACUGAUCUGCAGCCUAUAAAAGCCUCUCUGCUGAGGGAGCUGCUUUGCAGAUGACAAGAGAGGGAGCCAAAGGAAACAGAAGGUUAUUCGUUUUCUGACUGUCCUGAAAACCCAUGUUUAUUCAGUAACUAUGGCAAGAAAUCUGUUAAAGAAUCCCAAUGGGGAUGAGCAGCUGGAUUCCUGGGAGCUGACAGAAAAUGGCGGGAACCUGUGGAAAGUGGAGGACAUGCCAGGAGACUGCGGCCAUGACUUCUACAAUGAGGAAGUCACAAAAUAUUUUGUAACUUCUUUUGAACUUUGCCUAAAGAGACAGGUGAUUAACCUGUUAGAGGAGGGUUACAGCCCAGAUCAGCUGGACGCUCAGCCUCCUGUCACAGUGGAAGACUGGUUCUCCGGCAGGACCGACUGCGGCUGCACCUAUCAGAUGACCGCCUGUCUGCUGGAUGAGAACCAAGAGGUGCUGCAGGAGUAUAACCACGGGCCAGAGACUCUGGACCCGGAGGCAGACUGCUCAUGGAAACAGGUUAGUCAUACAUUUUCUGACUACGGCCCAGGAAUGCGUUUCAUCUCAUUCGAACAUGGAGGAAAUGACACCAGUUACUGGAAUGGGUGGUACGGAGUUCGGGUCACUGGGAGCUCUGUGACUCUCCAGGCCUAAAGUAGAGAAAGAGCCGGAAUGGAGAACGGAAAGAAGCGCCGACAAUUAAGUAAAAUGAUGUGUUUGGAAAAAAAAGGAGGACUUGUUUAAAACUUUACGACUCUUAACGGCUGCUGUGACAGCGCUGCAAUGAUCCAAACCUUAAUCCAUAGCUUGUCCACUAAUCAUGGAAAAUAAACUGAACUGUCGCUCACAACAAUGAAAGUAUUGAUGUGUUUUUUGGUUGUGUAGCAUUAACCUGUUGCACAUUUUCUGGUUAGAUCCACAUGAAUUUGAAGAUUUUAAAUGAUAGACAAACCACCUAAUGGUGUAAAAUGUUUUAAUUCAUACAAUACUGCAACUUUUCUGUAACCUUUGAUAAGGUGCUGCAUGUUUUAACUAUAUGUGGUUCAACAAACUCAUGAUAAAUGUUCUAAUAAUUAAAUUAUUAAUUUUAUAAUUACGGAAGGUAUUUGGUAUAAGGUCAUUAUUUAAUGCUUCUACUGUUCAGCUCAAAAUCAGGUCCAAGCUGGUUUGCACAACACACAAUAAAACUGUUUAAUUUAGGCAUUACAUUAAUGAAGUAAAUGCAAAAAAAAAAAAA